UUAUCUGUGAGCUGAUUCUCUCUCAUCCCCGCGGCACUCACCGAAAACCGAAAAGGAAGAUUUCGUUAACAAACUUUUUCCUUUGCUAUGAGAAUUUCUACCAGUCGCUCAAAUUUUGUCGACAAACAGAAAAUAACGCUAAUUUAAAUCCUCUGCUCAAUCGAAAGCAUAGGGUUUUAGGGUUAGGGUCACCUUCUUCUACAGCUUUUCUUCCCAAACAAAACGCAACAAAGGCCAGCUCAUAUAUGAUUUUUCCUUUUCCCCUUUAUAUUCUCACCCAGAUUUUGAUUCUUACCCAGUUGAUUCUGCUAUUAAUCUUGCUUCAAUCUUCCGCUAUUCACGGUGAUCUUGAAACUAUGAAGGUUCACCCCGUGCCCAGGAAACGCAACAUCACCGUCCAAUAUGACAUGAAUGCGCGGAACCCUCUCUCAGAAGCUCAAGAGCUUCUUGGCCUCUCCAACAAGAAGCUAAGGAGGCUUCCCCAUGUUUUCAGCCGGGUCCUGGAGCUUCCCUUUCGGUCCGAUGCUGAUGUAUCGAUCGAGGAGGGACCCGAUUGCUUCCGAUUUGUGGCGGAAACCGACGGUAUCGGCGAUGUGCAGGCGCAUACGGUGGAAAUCCACCCUGGAGUGACCAAGAUUAUGGUGAGGGAAAGUGGGUCGGCGGAGUUAUCGUUGGAUGAUAUAGAACUCGAUAUGUGGAGGUUUCGGCUGCCGGAAUCGACGCGGCCGGAGCUCGCAAGCGCAGUUCUUGUCGAUGGGGAGCUCAUAGUGACGGUGCCGAAAGGGGAGGGACUGGAGAAUUCAGAAGAUGGAAAUGGAAAUGGCGGCGGAGAAAAGUGGCGUGAUGGUGAUGGAAUGGGUGGGAGACUCGUGCUUGUACAGUAAAUCUCUUCUUUCUCCUCUCAUUUUUAAUUCAACCUUGUUGCCGUUCAACUUGGCUUCAGUAUGCGAGUUAGUUUUAAUUUUUCAAGUUGUUGUUGGAACUAGUUUCUCUUGAAUCAAUCAAGGUCUGUACUUAUUCCCUUGGCAAGAAUGAUCUCCAUGUCAA